AUGUCAUGGCGGCAAUUUGGCGACUCAAAAGUCUUAGCGCCUUGUGAAUCCUCCUGUCGUAGAAGGCUGCUGACCGGGUCGGGUAGAUAUCGGCGCUUCAGUCAUGCUGCAGCCUGGCUCUCAGAGCCUCUUCAUGACUGUCCGCGAAAAAUGUGGCUCUUGACGACGCUAGGAUGUUCUGUCGCUGGGCGACAACAUGCAGAUCUGCGUCGGCCAGUUUCAUGGGUACACUCUGGCUUUGACAGCCUCUUU